CUGCGCUCAACGCCAUCAGGAUGAGAGUCAUGGCUCGCCCCUUCUUCCUCUGCCUCCUGCUCGCCCACCUAGCAUGGGGCACGGCCGGCGCCAGCCGCGAAGCCCUGGGACGGCCGGAGCCGCCGCGAGAACGGACUCCGAGGGGCCAGCAGCCCGCGCAGCGGCCGGCUCGCUCCGCCGCCUCGGCGCCCUCGGGUCCCUGGAGCCGCGCGGCCGCCGGCGCCGCGCUGGCACAAAGGCUGGCCGAAGAGCUGCCCCUGGACGUGGCCUCCUACCUGUACACCGGGGACUCCCGCCAGCUGCUGCGAGCCAACUGCUCCGGCCGCUACGAGCUGGCCGGCCUGCCCGGGAAGGCGCCCGCCCUGGCCAGCCCGCCGUCCUCUUUGCACGGGGCGCUGGACACGCUGACCCACGCCACCAACUUCCUGAGCACCAUGCUGCAGAGCAAUCGGUCGCGGGAGCAGCACUUGCAGGAUGACCUGGAGUGGUACCAGGCGCUGGUGCGGAGCCUGGUGGAGGGCGAGCCCAGCAUCUCGCGCGCGGCCCUCACUGUCAGCCCCGAGGCACUGUCCGCGCCCGCCCCGCAGCUCUUCCUGCAGGCCACGCGCGAGGAGAGUCGCAUCCUGCUGCAGGACUUGUCCUCCUCUGCGCACCAUCUGGCCAACGCCACCCUGGAGACCGAGUGGUUCCACGGUCUCCGGCGCAAGUGGAGGCCCCACUUCCACCGCCGGGGCGCCCACUCGGGACCCCGGGGCCUGGGCCACAGCUGGCGGCGCAGGGAUGGCCCCGGCGCGGACAAGAGCCACGUCAGGUGGUCCCCGCCGUACCUGGAGUGCGAGAACGGGAGUUACAAGCCCGGGUGGCUGGUCACCCUUUCCGCUGCCUUCUACGGGUUACAGCCUAACCUGGUCCCGGAAUUCAGGGGUGUCAUGAAAAUUGACAUAAAUCUUCAGAAAGUGGACAUCGACCAGUGUUCAAGUGAUGGCUGGUUUUCCGGAACUCACAAAUGCCACCUUAACAAUUCUGAGGCAGAGUGGACAGUGAGAGAGAGAGACACAGAGAAAGGUCUUCCUUUGCCGUUGGUUCACCCUCCAAUGGCCGCCGCGGCCGGCGCGCCGCGGCCGGCGCACCACGCUGAUCUGAUGGCAGGAGCCAGGAGCCAGUGUAUGCCCAUCAAAGGCCUGGGGUUCGUCCUGGGAGCCUAUCAGUGCGUUUGCAAGGCGGGAUUCUACCACCCUCGCGUCUUCUCCGUGAACAACUUUCAGAGACGGGGUCCGGAUCAUCAUUUUUCAGGAAGUGCAAAGGAUGGAUCGGAAGAGGCGCACGUCUGCCUGCCCUGCAGGGAGGGCUGCCCCUCCUGUGCUGAUGACAGCCCGUGCUUUGUCCAGGAGGAUAAAUACUUGCGGCUUGCAAUCAUCUCCUUCCAAGCCCUGUGCAUGCUGCUCGACUUUGUGAGCAUGCUGGUGGUCUACCACUUUCGCCAAGCAAAGAGCAUCAGAGCCUCGGGCCUUAUCCUGUUGGAAACAAUCCUGUUUGGGUCUCUGCUCCUGUACUUUCCUGUGGUCAUUCUGUACUUCGAGCCAAGCACAUUUCGCUGCAUUCUUCUCAGAUGGACACGUCUUCUUGGGUUUGCCACCGUGUAUGGAACUGUCACUCUUAAGCUUCACAGGGUGCUGAAGGUGUUCCUCUCACGAACAGCCCAGCGGAUCCCGUACAUGACCGGCGGCCGGGUGAUGCGGAUGCUGGCCGUGAUCCUCCUGGUGGUGCUCUGGUUCCUCGUCGGCUGGACCGCCUCUGUGUGCCAGAAUCUGGAGAGGCGCGUUGCACUGGUUGGCCAGGGGCAAACGUCCGAUCACCUCAUCUUCAGCACGUGCCUCACUGACCGCUGGGAUUACAUGACGGCAGUUGCCGAGUUUCUGUUCCUCUUGUGGGGCGUUUACCUCUGCUACGCGGUGCGGACUGUGCCGUCGGCAUUCCGAGAGCCGCGCUACAUGGCUGUCGCUGUCCACAAUGAGCUCCUUACCUCUGCCAUCUUCCACACCAUUAGGUUUGUUCUGGCCUCGCGGCUUCAGUCGGACUGGAUACUGAUGCUGUACUUCGCACACACCCACCUGACUGUCACUGUUACCAUGGGGCUGCUGCUGAUCCCAAAGUUUUCCCAUUCAAGCAAUAACCCCCGGGAUGACAUUGCUACGGAGGCGUAUGAAGAUGAGCUAGACAUGGGCCGGUCUGGAUCCUACCUAAACAGCAGCAUCAACUCAGCCUGGAGCGAGCACAGCUUGGAUCCAGAGGACAUCCGGGACGAGCUGAAAAAACUCUACGCCCAGCUGGAAAUCUAUAAAAGGAAGAAGAUGAUCACAAACAACCCGCACCUCCAGAAGAAGCGCUGCUCCAAGAAGGGCCUCGGGCGCUCCAUCAUGCGGCGCAUCACCGAGAUCCCGGAGACCGUCAGCAGGCAGUGUUCCAAAGAGGACAAGGAAGGCGCAGACCACGGCCCGGCCAAGAGCACGGGCCUCGGCAAGAAGAACCCCCCGGAGGCUUCCAGUAACACCGCGAAACCCAAGGAGGAGUCGCUGAGAAACCGAGUCUUCUCUCUCAAGAAAUCGCACAGCACCUACGACCACGUGCGGGACCAGACGGACGGCUCCAGCAGCCUGCCCACGGAAAGCCAAGAAGAGGAGGCUACGGAAGACUCGACACUGGAGUCCGUGUCGGGGAAGAAGCUAACCCAGAAGCUGAAAGAAGACAGCGAGGCCGCGUCCACGGAGUCGGUGCCGCUGGUGUGCAAGUCGGCCAGCGCCCACAACCUCAGCUCCGAGAAGAAGCCGGGGCACCCGCGGACAUCCAUGUUACAGAAGUCUCUCAGCGUCAUAGCGAGUGCCAAGGAGAAGACGCUGGGGCUAGCUGGGAAAACCCAAGUGUCAGGCGUGGAGGAACGUGCCAAGUCCCAGAAGCCUCUGCCAAAAGAGAGAGAGACCAUCAGAAAAGACUCCAAUCCGGACAACACAGAGACUAAAGAGUCCACCCCGCUACACUGCAACCCCUCGGAGGAAGCACGGAAGCCUCCGAAGUCGGGGAUCAUGAAACCACAAAGGGUCAACCCCUCCACUGCCAAGACUGACGUGGGCUCAGGCACCGCCCAGAUGCAGGACAACUUUGACAUCAGGGAGGUGUGCCCUUGGGAGGUUUAUGACCUGACCCCAGGUCCUGUGCCUUCAGAACCAAAAGUUCAAAAGCACGUGUCGAUUGCGGCUUCUGAAAUGGAGAAAAAUCCAACUUUUCCCUCAAGGGAGAAAUCUCAGUGCCCGCAGUCCCACCCGAAAAGCGUAGACAAGGCUGAAGUGUGCCCCUGGGAGAGCCAGGAUCAGCCCCUUGAUGAAGAUGAGAAGGCUUUGAUUUCCAAGACGCCGGUGCCCCCAGGGCAAGGCAGAGACAAGGCCGGCAGUCAGCGGUCUGCAGCCAGUGUGCAUGCUGGGCAGCAUGGGGAGCUGCCCGCCAGCAUCGCCGCGGCCAAAGGAGGGAAUGAAAGUCUCAACCACGUAGGAGACCGGGAAAGAAAGACAUCUCCCUCUGAGGAAAAUGUGCCUGGCUCCUUCCACUCCAGUAAUAACUUCCAGCAACCUUUAACCUCGCGAGCUGAGGUGUGUCCUUGGGAGUUUGAGAGCCCGGGUGGACCCAGUGCAGACCAAAGUGUGGUUCUCCCUGCCUCUUCUGCUUUCAAUGCAAGUAAGGUUGCAGGGCCUCGGAAGUAAGAGGCCUGGGGUGCCCGUCACGUGUGGCAUCCCCAGGAAGAGAAGGCAGACGAGGAAACCUGAAGUCUGUAAAAGAAAGAAGAUACAAGAAUUAAAAAAAAAAAAAUCCCCUAGGAGUAUUUGUCAAUGAAGGGAAGCUAUGAUAGAGGGGAGGGUAAGGGCAAAGGCAGGGCGGAAGAAGGCAACAGGGUCAACCCCCUGGUAACACAAGGAGAGUCCUCGGGUUCCGCACGUUCAUGGAAACAGCCCUGUCUGCGCCUGCUCAGUGCUGAUGACGGACGUGAAGAGCCUAAGGCAAAUGAGGAGUCAGAGACCACUUGUGAGACUUUGCUAAGGAGAAGGGUUAGACGCCUACAACCCUCAGUAGCUGACUGAGAACUUACUGUACCUACGUAACCUUGAUAGCACUGCUAACCUAAUGCAUCCCUCAGAACACCUUUUAUAUUAACGAUUGCUCUCAUUUUCUUAUCAAUGUAUGUUUCAGUACACUGUUGUGUCUCAUAUUCAAGCAUUCCAGAUUGUAUAAUUUUUGCAAAUAACUUUGAUAUGAUGUGACACAACACACUUAUGCAAUCUGCAGCUACUCAAUGGUUAUUGCAACUUACAGAAUACCUGCUAUCUAUCUUUAGUUGGUCCUUGGAGUUCAGUAAGCUUUCUCUGGCUUGGGAAGCCAUAACUGUUAUGAUAAAAAAAAAAAAAAAAAAAAAAAACUUUUAGUUUUGGCUGUGGUUUCUACAUUGUGGACUUGGAUUUGACUCUAUUAGCUCCCAUCAUGGUUUGUUAUACUGUCUUAAUCAGGGUUUUUAUACAAGUUGAGUUCCUUGUUUUGCACUUCUUGUUAGGGACUUUGAAGCUAUAUGAACACUGGAGAUGAAUUGGUCCUACUUAGUCCUGUGUCUCAGUAAGUUAAGGACAACCUACCCAUUGUUUGUUCUAAGUCACAAAUGGAGAAUGCCUUCAUUCCAAUUAAUUGUCCCUUUUCAGUCUCUCAGUAUUUCAUACUUAGUGGCAUUUCCUAAGGAAGAAGCUAAGACUGAGAAAGAUAUACUGUGUACUCUUGUCACCGUGGAAAGGGAAGACUCUAGGAAUGAUGUGAGGAUUACAGAACAAGGACAUUUGCCUUUCAAAACAGAAACAGAAUGAUAGCUCCCAAUAGCACUUUCAAGGGAUUAUUUUUUUAAAGAGAAAAAUUAUGAUAGCAUCAAGAUCAUUGUAUGGAUAUAUUUUUAUUAUGCAUACUGAAAAUAGAAUAUUUUAAAUUACCUUAAGCUAUUUAUUCUCAUAAACUUUUAUUCACAGCUUCAGCAAGGGAUAGAACCUGCUGGGCUCAGAUCCCAAAGAGGUUUUUUAACCUGAUUCAGUGAAAACCUAAAAGGCGGGUAUAGGCUCUUCAUUUCCCAGGCACUGGAAACAUACACGACCUGCAGACGGCCCCGAGCCACGCGGCUCAGGGGAUAAAGUGUAAGACUGAUUUGCAAGGCAAAAAGCCCCCACCGCAUACCCUGUCUCACUCACCGCCUUCCUCCAGGAGCUCUGGGCACGCAAAUCCCAAGCUCCAGACUUUGGCCCUGCUGAAGCGGCCGUGCAUGCGCUGAGUUUCCAAAGCCCCAUCCCACUGCACUCGAAGCUGAGCCCAGACGUCCCUGCCUCUCACUCGAACACUGAAGCACCAACUGCUUGUUUGGCCAGGACAUUCUACAGCUUAAAUACUGGUUUUCAGGAUAAAGGGUGGGGGAAGGGAGUCAGAAGGUGGGCUCAGGGCUGUUCUUAAGAGAAUGUGGGAGGACAGCAUUCCCCGUGUUUCUCAUCACAAACUCUCCCAGCAGGAAGUGAGCACUUUGCGGUGUUGCAGAGCCGUGUACAAACCCUCUGUGCCCAGCUGCUUGCUUUAGGCAGUACUCAGGUUGGUUGGGCAGGGGAGAAGAGCUACAGAAAUUAUUAUUAUUAUUAUUAUACCUCUAGUAUUAUUGAGUGUCCCCUUCCUUUCUUCAUCCCUUUCUUUCCAACCAAGGCCUAUCUUCAUGGUGACCUUGGAAUACUUUAAGAUCCUGCCGUGAGUUUGGCUUGAGGUUUCUAGACUCCCAUCCUCCGUAUCACAUUUGCCUAAGAUCUGCUUGCCCUUGGUUCGCUUUUGAGGACCAAGUGGUCCAGCAGCACUGAUUUUUUUCAUUGCACUUCAUGAUGAGCCUGCCAGAGAUGUGGCUUAGAGAAGACUUAAAGUUAUCCCUUAGUGACAUGCUACAGCCCCCAGAUUAUUCUCCACCAGCAUCCAUCAGCGAGAGUGCCUAGGGUCCUUCCGAGAGUCCCAUCGCCAUUUGUGAUCACCAGGAGAGGUGGUUUGCCCAGACCGGUGAGGAAGAGAACGCGGAUACGCACACGUCAAGUCACAGACACAUGCUCAGCUGUCCCUCUCAGUGUGUGUGCUGGCUGCGUCCUGUCCCUGUUUGUCAGCCAGGGUUUAUAAAUAAGUAGAUUUCUACCAGUCUUCAUAGAACUGUCUAUUUUAUGCAAGAAUUCAAUGCUUUACGACAUGAAUUAUAAACUCAGCCCACUGUGCUCUCUGGUGGCAGUCUGGAUUUGAAACUCGACAGUUCUCUCACAUCUGCCCCCCAGGUUCCUGCAUGCAAGUGCUGACAGGUAGGACUGAGAAAACACUGCCUCUGACUUCUAGCAUUUAGCAACCGAGAGUCGUAGUCAAUAAAACUGUAAGUCUCUCCACUGAGUCUGUGGUUCUUCUGAAACUAUCACCUGACACCGACAGCAUCCCACCGUGAGACAUUUGGUGAAUUUACGUUGUGAAUCGUGGCAGCAUGUAAAUAACUAUAACUCCUCUGCAAUAAAACAUAUUUAUAUGAAAGUGA